UGCGCCCAAAAUCAAUGAGGGGCUUUGCAAAGUACUAUGAUGAGAUGUCCUGAAUGAGCACACAUGUAUCCUGAACGAGCUAUCCAUAACACUGGUGGGACCACUUGGUGCUUUCUGCCGCUCGGGGCUGCUGAAGGAUCUCACAUUGGGCACCGUCUGUCAUAACGGCUGAUGCUCUUGUCUGACUACACCGGUGUCAGUGUGAAUCUGAGCUGGAGUCUGUCUCUCCCACCCAUCUCCCUCCUCCUCCUCCUCCUGCUUCUCUUCCCACCACUAAUUCCAGAUCUGACCAUGAAUCGGUCAGGUUUCUUCCUCAGUGUCCUCAGCCUACUGGCAUGUCUUGCCCCCAUGGUGCAGGCAUGUCCCCCGAGCUGCCACUGCCACGGCGGAGACCUGCAGCACGUCAUCUGCGACAAUGCGGGGCUGAAGAAGAUCCCCAAGGUGCCUGAGCAAACGCGGCUUCUCAACCUGCAGAAGAACAACUUCCCCGUCCUGCCGACCAAUGGCUUCCGCGACCUGAAAAAGCUGGUGUCCCUGCACCUCCAGGGCUCACGGAUCAAGGAGAUCUCAACAGGAGCCUUCCGGGGGCUCAAAAGCUUGGUCUACCUCUAUCUCACUGAUAACCAGAUCAGUGUCAUAAAGCCAGGAGCCUUCGAUGACCUGUCUGAGCUCACCUACCUGUACCUGGACCAGAACAAGAUCCCAGACCUACCCAAAGGGCUCCUCUCCCCUCUUGUCAACCUCUUCAUCCUGCACUUAGGCAGCAAUAAAAUCCGGGAGCUGAAACCAGGGGUCUUCAAUGGGGCUAAAGACCUACGCUGGCUCUUCCUCUCUGAUAACUCCCUCACCAACCUCCUGCCUGGGGCUCUGGAGGAUGUAGAAAACCUUGCUGUCCUCCACCUGGACAAGAACCAGCUGAGCAGCUAUCCUGUGAACGCAAUGAGUAAGCUGAGAGUGCUGGAGGAACUGAAGCUUUCUCAUAACCCAAUUGAGGUCAUCCCUGACAAUGCCUUCCAGUCCUUCGGGCGUUACUUGCAGACACUCAACCUGGACAACAUGAAGCUGAAGAAGUUUGCAGACAAUGCAUUUGCCAGUGUGACCGCGCUGAAGACCGCUCACCUGGAGAACAACCGGCUCACCCAGCUGCCCCGCAACUUCCCCUUCGACAAAAUGGAGACGCUGACACUCUCCCGAAAUGCCUGGCACUGCAACUGCCAGCUAGCACAUCUGCGCAAGUGGCUGAAGGGCAAUCGCACCCGCACCGAGGAGACCUGCUCGACACCCGCGCAGUACCGGGGGCAGUCCAUCAGAGACACCCCGGCCCUCCGCACCUGCAAGCUCCCCACCAAGAGGUCCAAGAAGGGAAGCCGCCAUUAA